AUGGUCGCUUCGCGAUUCUUGGCUCUGGCCAUCACACUGCUUGCUGCAAUCCAGUCUGUCGUAGCUGCCAGCGAAACACGCUAUAUAACAUCGACAAAUGCCGCUGGUGAGACCGUCUACUUGGCAGAUGACAGACGACCUUCGCUCUAUACCGGACGAUUUGGAGAUUGCAAGGGCUCAAGUGCUGUCAAUGUCACUCGCUUCGAUGCCGCUUAUUACAAAGAUAACAUGACCGUGCUCUUUCAUUUAGCGGGCAACACGGCCAUUGCUAAUGAGAGCUUGAUGAUGUACAUUGGCGUCUAUGCGUAUGGCGAAGGUCGUUUCGAUCUGACGUUCGAUCCGUGUAACGCGAACAUUAAAAGCCUAUGCCCACUCAACGCGAGCAUACCUAUCGAAGCCAACGGUAUCAUUCCUGUUGCACAAUCCGACGUUGCUGCCAUCCCUCCAAUCGCGCUUUCCAUCCCGGAUUUUGAGGGCGAGGCCAUCCUCCGUAUCUUUGCAAACUCGACUCAGGCCGAGAUAGGCUGUUACUCAGCUGUUGUCACCAAUGGCGCCACUUUCUCGCAACCCAAGUCUGUGGGAUCAGUGCUUGGAGCUUUUACCCUUAUCGCUCUUAUGGCUUCGUUUGCGACUGCGGUCUAUGGCGACAGUGUACGUGUUAUGCGCAAGCAUUACGCUCAUUCGCUCUCUGUUAUGGUCGUUUUCUCCGUCUUCCAACAUGUCUACUUCACUGGAGCUCUUUCUAUGAACUGGCCCAGCGUUCUUGUUGCUUGGUGGAGCAACUUUGCUUGGUCAGGUGGUAUGAUCUACACUAGCUCAAUGCAACGCUCUAUCGACAAGCUCAUUGGCAACAACAUUGGCAACACUUCGCACGUCGGUGCUGCUGGUUCUGGGACAAAUCAAGAUGGAGUCGGAGGUGGAUUCGACAUCGCUUCGAUCUACAGAAGGGCUUUGUCCUUGAAGAGAGACGUCGCUUGGGAUAUCUAUCAGCGCGACCAUACCGUCGAGCUUGGACGUGACGCUGCCUCACACUCUGUCGAAGACCAUCUCUUCAGACGUGAGCUUGCUAACAGCUCCACUGGUUUUACGUGGUACGGACAACCUGUGCAGGCUGGCUUGCCUUUACCUGGUAAUUAUUCCGGAUUUGCUGGUACCCUGGCCCAGGAAAAUAUCCGCGUCUCCAAUGCGUUCAUGACCGGAUUCUUGUGGUUGCUCAUUCUCUUCGUCAUCCUUGUUGCAGGGGUCGUCGCUCUGAAAUGGGCUGUAGAAGCCUUUGUCGCCAUCAGGCUCUUGAAGAAAGAGCGAUUGACCUACUUCCGGACACACUGGAUCGGAUAUACUGCCCUGGUUGCGCUGCGAACUUUGUUCAUCGCCUUUUUUACGAUGAUGCUUCUGACUAUGUUCCAAUUCUCCUACCAGAGUUCUGGAGGUGUCAAAGCCGUCGCAGCAAUCGUCUUUAUUCUGUUUUUCGUUGGAAUCCCGGCAUGUGUCAUCUAUGCGAUCUACGCUGGUCUUGCAUCGCAGGGCACAACUCGCAAGUCUGAAUCCUUCCCUGCAUCUGACCAAGACAGACAGUCUCCAAGGAUUUUAAGGAGGCUCGGAAUCAAGAAGCUCGCAAUGAGAAUGCCCUCAGUUCCAUUCCGUCGACAGGCAACCCAUCUUGAAGAAGAUCACAGUUCGAUUCAUGAUGAUGAGGAGUAUGUCAAGAAAUUUGGUUGGCUCUCUGCUCGCUUCCGCCGCACUCGAUGGUGGUAUUUCGCUGUGUGGACCCUGUAUGAGUUUAUCCGAGCUUGUUUCUAUGCGGGUGCUUCUGGUCAGCCGAUGACUCAGGUGUUCGGUCUCUUGGUCGUGGAGAUAUUGUUCUUCGGUUUAACCAUCUGGGCCAGACCUUUUGAAGGACAACGUCUUAAUAUGCUGGUCGUAUAUCUCCUCGGUUUCAGCAAAGUCGCAACCGUGGCUCUGUCCUCUGCCUUCAACAUCGCGUUCAAUCUGCAACGCAUUACAACGACUGUCAUUGGGAUCGUCAUCAUAGUCAUACAGGGAGUACUGGUCAUUGUCACUAUGAUAGCCAUCCUCGUCGGAGCAUACUCGUCCUACAUGUCGCUUACCCGUAACCACGACGACUUCCGACCAAGAAGAUUGGCGAAUGUCCGCGAAAGGUAUUUCAGACAUCUAGAUCGCACUGCCACUGAUGUUCCUCGGCCACCUAAACCGGAGCCAAUCAGGGUUAUACCUCAAGAGCUCAAGGGUCCUUACUUCUCUGUAUCGCAGGUGCGACGCGUGGCCAAAAUUGAAGACGAAGACCCAGACUUUGUUGCUGAGUUAGCAAUGCUCAACCAGGAAGGGGAGCUGGAUCAUGAGUCGACGCCCCACACAUCAUAUUCUGCGCUCCCGAUGAGGUCACAAACACCAGGCAUGGAUGGAGAGUCAUCUCAGACUCCGAUCCGCCGUGGUCGUGCUGCUAGUGGCCUGAGCCAUAGAAGCACAAGUGAGAGUUACUCGAACCUACCACGUGGAGCCCGUCUUCAUCGACCUAGUUGGUCUUCGCGUGACUUCUCUGCAUCACGCGAUGACCGCUCAGGAACACCCAUCGAUAUGAACAGAAAUGUGCCAGAGGAUGAAACUGCGAUGGCUACGCCGGCGAGGUCUGGCUCUCGCACACCUAAGAGGAGAUCAGUGACCAUACCGACUUCAGCACUUCCUCCGAUGCCUAAUUUGGACGAAAUACAGAUUGGUGGCGAUGUCAGCACAAGAGAGGUGAUCGCAGAUGUACCCGCACCAACAGUAAGACCACGCUCGGGCACAUUCAGUGGCAGCCGCACCAAUACACCAACUUCAGGAGAUUUGAGCUCGUUCCAUACAAGAGCAACGACACUUGACAUGCCAGCGCGAGAUUCUAGAGGUCUUCUCACACCCACAGUCGAGCGUGAUGAGGAACUAUAUAAUUGA